AUGCAUCAGCAACCUCCGUUCGCAGGUCAGCAGUACCCUCAGCAGCCUGGUCAGCAGCCCGGCCAGCAACCUCCACCGGGGCAAUACCCGCCUGGACAGCAACCUCCGCCGGGGCAAUACCCGCCUGGACAGCAACCUCCGCCGGGGCAAUACCCGCCUGGACAACAACAUCCUCCUGGCCAGUAUCCGCCUGGACAGCAACCUCCGCCGGGUCAAUACCCGCCUGGACAGCAUCCUCCUCCAGGUCAAUACCCACCCCAGCAAGCCGCACAACCGAGCUAUCCUCCACAGUCCUAUCCUCAACAAGGGUACCCACAGCCGGGAUACCCACAGCAAGGCUACCCCCCUCAACAAGGUUACCCUCCUCACCAAGGGUACCAGCAGCCAGGGUACCCUCCUCAACAGCCAGGAUACGCACAGCCUGGUUACCCUCCGCAGCAAGGGUAUGCCCAACCGCAAUAUCCACCUCAACAGCCGUACUACGGCCAGCAGCCAGGCGUGGCGUACGUCCAGCCGGGUCAGUACGGUCAACAGCCCGUGUAUGUCCAACAACCAGGCGUGUUUCACGGAGGCCAAGGCGGCCACAUGAAAGUGGGCAAGCACGGUAAGGUCAAGUACAAGGGCCACAAAGGGUUCAAGGGCUUCAAGGGGUACAAGAACCGUGGUCGCAAGCACAAGGGGUUUUUCAAGUAACUUUUAAACGUAACUUAGUCGGCGUAAGCACCCAGAUCAACACGAUGCGAUUGAAUGUGAACUCCA